CCACAGGCUGCAGGGAUUUAGGACCUUGAGGAUGUCAGAUGUUUCUCAGGAUUCCGGCAGCAGACUACAGUUACAGUGAGCAGCCGAUAGCAGCGCGAUAAAGCAACAGACGCGCAGAAAAGUUGAGCCAGUCGAACCAGAGCGUGCGUCUUGACGCACGGGUGGAAUAGCAACGAUGGGAGCCUCGCAGACGCGCUCCGAGCACAAGUACAAGGAUCUGAUGGAUAAAACUGGAUUUUCACUGGAGCAGAUCAAAAACCUCCACAAACGAUUCCAGCAGCUGAGUGGAAAUGAAGAAACAAUAAGUAGAGAAAACUUGGACACCGUACCGGGCCUCGCCAAUAAUCCAAUUAGAAAGCAAAUUAUUGAAGCAUUCUUCGAUAAAAGGAACCAGCAUGAAAACGAGGUGGGCUCCUUGGAAGAGAUUGGCUUCGAGCAGUUCCUCAUGGUCAUGUCCCACUUUCGCCCUCCAACUCUGAAGACAACGGAGGAGGAGAGGGAAGCUAUGAGAAAGGAAAAGCUUCGCUUCCUGUUCAACAUGCAUGACACAGACAACGAUGGCACCAUCACUCUGGUGGAGUACAGGAAGGUAGUAGAGGAGCUUCUGUCAAAGAGUGGAGCCAUCGGGCUGGAGGCUGCCAAGGCAAUAGCAGAUGCUGCCAUGUUGGAAGUGGCGAGCACAAAUGUGCCUCACAUGGCCCCAGAUGAUUUCUAUGAAGGAAUUACGUUCGAGCAUUUUGAACAGAUUUUAAAAGGGCUUGAAAUGGAGACCAGGAUGCACAUUCGCUUUUUGGAUGUAGACACCACUACGAUGCGUUGUGGGAAAUCAGCCUCUUGACAUGUUUAUGUAGCUGCUGUUUUUAGCAGAACCUCUCCAGUCCUUAAAUGGAGUGAAGCCAAAUACUUUUGAUAUGGACGAAUAUAUAUUUUUGGACGAGAAAUAAUCAGACUUUUUUUUUUUUUUAUAUAUACGAAUUAAAACAAGCGUCUGCUGCUGCUGCUGCUGCAGUUUCGUUUGGAUGGUGGAAGUCAAAGGACGUUUGUUCACCUUUCCGCCUAAAGAAUUCAGUUUUAUGUUGUUAAUCAAUUUUCAAGCACUGUGAUCCUAAAGUAGCAAAUGUCACAUAUUUCAAAGAAAUGUAUUGAUCUCUAUCUUUUGUCACACUCCUAUUGAUUUCUAUCAAAUUUCAAACUAAAACACUACCUCUGUGCAAUCUCCUGCUGAUCUAUAAAUCUUUCUGUUAGCAGCAUGUGAUGUGAAGGAUUCUUUCUACUUCUUUUUUUCCAAAAGGUUCACGUGGUUAGAUGAAGCGAGUCGUGGCCGCUCUGGUAGCCAUGGGUCAUCUGUUAUGGCUAACAUCCAAAGCAUGAGAUAGCAGGCACAUACCAUUCCUCUGCAGCUCCAGAAUAGUUACAGGUUUAUUUGAUCUGCUUCUCCGAGACUGUGUAACCAUCCACUGUUCUACCAUCAAAAUCCACUAUUUUCUUUCCCUGCUAACAAAUAAAACACUUUACUAUCCCUGAGAUGAAUUGUUAUAGACUUUGCACAGAAUUAUGUUAAUAAACAAAAUAAAUAUAAGACAUUGUGAUAAAACAAA